UAAAAAUAAUACUUAUAUUUGGUGUAUUUACAACUUGCAACAGCACGAUGCCUUUUACUUAACAGGAAAGAUAAAAAUAAAGAUCUCAAAUUUGUAUUUACACAAUUAAUUGGCUGCCUACUUGAAAUCUUGAAUGUGUGUGUAUAUAUAUAAAUAUAGUUACACAAAAAAUUGCAGACUUGCAGUUCCGAAAGAUCCACUCUCAUUUUUCAGGUGACUUGACCUUAAAAUAAAAAAGAUGAAAUUUUGAUUUCUACAUUUGUUUAAUAAAUUAGGUAUUCUGUUGUGAUGAGCAAUGCAACAAACAUAAUGGGUUUUUUUUGUCCAACACCCAAGAUCAUCAUUAUUAGGUGGAUUGUUAUCUGAAGUCUAUCUGGAUCAAUAUAUUUAUUUCUAAAACAAUCUUUUGCUAUUACUACUACUAUGUUCUAAUGGGCUGCUUUCACUCAAAAACAACACUCCAAUACACACCCGGUUAUGAGGAGCCCACUCUGCUUGCUGCUGAGACACCUUUUACAGUGAGUGAAGUCGAAGCAUUAUAUGAGUUGUUCAAAAGAAUAAGCAGCUGCAUAAUUGAUGAUGGACUCAUUCAUAAGGAAGAGUUUCAGAUAGCACUCUUCAGGAACCAAAAAAAGAAAAAUCUGUUUGCAGAUAGGAUAUUUGAUCUUUUUGAUAUUAAGCACAAUGGAGUGAUUGAGUUCGGGGAAUUUGUCCGAUCACUGGGUAUUUUCCACCCUAAUGCACCAGUAGCUGAUAAAAUGUCGUUUGCAUUCAGAUUAUAUGAUCUAAGGCACACUGGUUAUAUCGAGAGAGAAGAGUUGAAAGAGAUGGUAUUGGCACUGCUGCAUGAAUCAGACUUGGUUCUUUCAGAUGACGCAGUUGAGAUGAUUGUAGACAAGACGUUUGGUGAUGCAGAUACAAAGGGUGAUGGAAGGAUAGAUCCAGAAGAGUGGAAGGAAUUUGUUUCAAAGAAUCCAUCUCUUCUAAAGAAUAUGACACUUCCCUAUCUGAUGGACAUAACUUUAGCAUUCCCCAGCUUUGUGGUAAGCUCUGAGGUUGAUGAUUCAGAAAUUUAGACUUGUGCGCGUAAAUACAAGUCUCUGAAGGUCAUGUCAAAUGGCCUCUUCCACAUUGGUGUUUGGAUGCUCCGAUUCAAUACAGUGCAAAGGAUUUCAAUAAUCAGAAGAACAUCAGGUUUUAUAUUGAUAAUUUUGAGUUUCACCAGACAAGAUUGAGUUUACUGGGUCAAGUGGAUUUGGCCAAAAGCCCACAGGGAAUUUCUCUGAUAUAGUAUUGAAGGGGCACAUCAUGGCUUCUCGGCUAUCUCCACUCGCUCAGCAAGAUGAUGCUAAUGAUUUUUUUCAUGGGUUCAAGCUAGGCUGCUGACUGCUGUAUAUAAUUGUAACACUGCAUUUUCCAUAUUCUAGUUAUUCCAACCCCCCCUUCCUCUUGUUUUCCAGCCUAUAGGCUAAAGUUUUGACAUUAGUUGCUCAUUUCUUCUCUUCUUUGAUCUAGUGUACUUAGAAAUGACAUUCAAUUUGAUAUAACAUCAUUUACUAUUCA